AUGGAUUAUCCCUCUUCACCUCCUGUAUAUCAGUCCCUCUUUCCUGAUAAAUCUGAAAACAAACUGAAUCUAAAUGAAGUAGUUGGAUCUACGCGACUAGAUUCAGAAGAUCUGAAUAAAUCUGAUUCCAGUGAAAAUGGGUUAGAUGCAGAAAAGAAACCAAACCCUACAUAUACAGUUGAAGAUGCUGUGGAGGCAGCUGGUUUUGGAAGGUUUCAGUUGAAGCUUUUCAUUUUGUGUGGAGCCAUAUCGGCUGCAGAUGCGAUGGAAAUGCUACUGCUUUCAGUACUUGGUCCAGCAUUACGAUGUUAUUGGCUUCUGUCGUCAGGACAAGUCGCUGCCAUAACCACAGUUGUUUUUGCCGGGUUUUUAUUUGGAGCUCCUUUAUGGGGUUUUAUCGCAGACAGAUUUGGUCGUUGGCCGACUUUAUUGAUUGUUUUAUCAAUGAUAACUUACUUCGGCAUCAUCACAAGUUGUGCCCCCACUUAUAUUUGGGUCAUAAUAUUACGACUUCUGGUCGGAUUCGCUAUUGGUGGUGGAAAUAGCAGCUUCACGUUAUUCUCCGAAUUUCUGACCGUUAAGCAUCGGGCCAAAGUUCUGUUAGCUUUCAAUAUAUUCUGGGCUUUUGGAAGCACAUUUGAAGUUGGUUUGGCAUACCUUAUUCUGCCAAGAUUUGGCUGGCGAUGGCUGGUGUUUGUUUCAGCCUUACCACUAUUGAUUUUCUUAUUUUUAUUGAGGUUUCUGCCUGAGUCUCCAAGAUAUCUUGUUGGUGCCGGCAAAACUGAAGAAGCUGAACAUAUUAUUGCAGAUUUGUUCCGUACGAAUCGGGUUGUUCCUCUUAGGGGUACUCUUGUAUCAUCCACUGUACCUAUACGAGAUAGAGGCAGUAUAAAAGGAAUGUUUGGGAAAACCUAUUUAGUGACUACACUAAUGUUGCCGAUUGUAUGGUUCAGUGCAGCAUUUGUUUAUUAUGGUGUCGUUCUAUUAAGUGCUGAAAUAUUUCGCUUCAAGCACUCUUGUUUUGGUAAACCUAUUCUAACCCCAGACUAUCAUGGUAACCUGAGCCAUUUUAACGUCCCACCACUUCUGGAAACUUCAAGCCAAAUAGACAACUUUUGUUGUAAAGAGUUGUCUGAUGAUGAUUAUGUCGCUAUGUUAGUCUCUUCAAUUGGUGAAUUUGUUAGUAUACCAUUAAUGAUUUUCAUGGUCGACUUAGCUGGAAGAAAGAUUACUUUGGCUACGUGGAAUGGACUUAUAGCUGUUCUGUUUAUGUUACUUUAUCUUUGUAUGCCUAAGUCAGCAUUAACAGCUCUAUUAUUUGUUUUGCGCGCUUUGUCUGCCGGUUUAUUUAGUUGUGCAUACGUUUACACAACUGAGGUCUAUCCUACAACUGUUCGUGCAGUAGCUGUCGGGAUGUUCAGUUCGAUUGCCCGAUUGGGUGCAAUGGUCACACCUUAUGUAGCUCAAGUAAUGAUGCCAGAAGUAUCGGAAAUUGGAGCUUUAUCUUUAUAUGCCUCUGUAACCCUGAUAGUCUCAAUUGUAUCCCUUUUCCUACCAAUAGAAACAAAAGGGCGUCAGCUACCUAAUUCUGUAGAUGCUCUAUCAACUUCUUCCUUGCCAACUGGAAAUGCACCACCCAUCGCUUCUCCAAAGACCAGCAAUGCAUCAUCUAAAAUCUCGGAGUAA